AUGAAUUAUCAGAAGGUCUACGGUAUCACAGGUCCAGUUUCUACAGCUGGUCCAACUGCAGCAGAGAAUAAAUUGAAUGAUGGACUCAUUCAGGAAUUGAAAAGAAAUAACUCUUUUGAAACUGAAAAGGAAACAGCAAAUAGAGUGGAAGUGUUAAAACUCCUACAAGAACUCGCUCAACGUUUUGUGUUUAAUGUUUCCAAAAAGAAAAAUAUGUCUGAUGGUAUGGCAAAGGAUGCAGGUGGGAAAAUCUUCACUUUUGGUUCUUAUAGAUUAGGUGUUCAUGGUCCUGGUAGUGAUAUUGAUACUUUGGUCGUAGUACCAAAACAUGUCUCAAGAGAAGAUUUCUUUACUGAAUUCGACUCACUUUUAAGAGAAAGAAGUGAACUAGAUGAAAUUGCCCCCGUUCCAGACGCUUUUGUUCCAGUCAUUAAAAUUAAAUUACGUGGUAUUUCCAUCGAUUUACUUUGUGCUAAAUUAGAUAUUGCUCAAGUUCCUGAAAGCUUAGUCUUAAGUGAUAAUAACUUACUUAGAAAUGUCGAUGAAAAAGAUUUAAGAGCUCUUAAUGGUACAAGAGUUACGGAUGAAAUUUUAGAACUAGUACCAAAACCUAUUGUAUUUAGAAUAGCUUUAAGAGCUAUCAAAUUAUGGGCACAAAAUAGAGCAGUUUAUGCUAACGUUUUCGGGUUCCCCGGUGGUGUUGCAUGGGCAAUGUUAGUGGCAAGAAUUUGUCAGUUAUAUCCAAACGCUUGUAGCGCAGUCAUAUUAAAUAGAUUUUUCAAAAUAUUAUCAGAAUGGAAAUGGCCGCAACCUGUAGUAUUAAAACCUAUAGAAGAUGGUCCUUUACAAGUUAGAGUAUGGAAUCCAAAAAUUUAUGCACAGGAUAGAUCUCAUAGAAUGCCCGUAAUUACACCUGCAUAUCCUUCAAUGUGUGCAACUCAUAAUAUUACAGAUUCCACUAAAAAAGUCAUAUUAGAAGAAUUUUCAAGAGGUAUUCAAAUCACAAAUGAUAUCUUCUCAAGUAAAAAAUCGUGGUCUGAUUUAUUCAAUAAACAUGAAUUUUUUUACAAGUAUAAAUUUUAUUUAACAAUUACUGCAUCAACAAGGGCAAGUGAUGAAGAACAUUUAAAAUGGAGUGGGUUAGUGGAAAGUAAAGUGAGAUUAUUAGUACUGAAAUUAGAAGCACUAUCCGGUAUUAAAAUUGCUCAUCCUUUCAUAAAACCUUUUGAAACAAUUUAUUGUUAUUCAAAUGAAGAUGAAUGCAAAUCAAUCCUACAAAAUUAUGGAUCCCAUAAGACAGAAGGUUCUUUGAAAAAAUUGACAAGAGUGACAGAUGAAAAUAAAGAUAACGAAGAUAUUAAAGAUAAAUCAAAAUUAUAUUUAACAACAAUGUACAUUGGUCUUGACGUUAAUGUGGAAGACAAGAAAGAAAAAGUCGAUAUUCAUGUUCCAUGUACGGAAUUUUUCAAUUUAUGUCGUAAUUUCAAUGAGGAUUAUCAAAAUUCUGACUCAUAUUCAUUAGUUAUAAGGUACGUUAAAUUAUACGAUUUACCGGAUGAUGUAUAUGGUGAAAAUGAAACUAGACCCGUUAAGAAGAAAAGUAAAAGAAAGAAGAACGAACCAAGUGCAGAUCUUGCGAAGAGACCAAAAGCAGGUACCACGGAUACACCAAUGACUAAUACUGCCACAACCACAGCUGCAUAA